AUGUAUGCCGACCCUGGUAAUGUGCCCCCCGGGCAUUCCUCUACACUCCAGAUGGAGUCGUCGACCCAAGACCGGCAACCGCAGCCUCCCAACUAUGAGCGCCCGAGGCUGCCGCCAAGGAGAGCCACGCAAGCGUGUCUGGUAUGCAGACAGCGCAGGGUCCGAUGCGAUGUCUCGUUUAAAGAAGGCGACUGUACCAACUGUAUGCUGGACGAGCUGGAGUGCAUCGUUGUCAGCUCCAAACGGCGUGCCCGACGAACCCCGAACGAGAAGACACUAGCUUCAUCCUCUAGCAAUCAACCUAGGACAGGGAAUGAGAGUCCGCAAGGACCUCAGCAGACUCAAUACCGCCUUCAAACGUCCCGAGUGCGUCGAGAAAACGACCUGGUUAUCCGCUACACCGAGAGGACCUUCCUAGACAACUCUCCGUAUAUUCCCCAACAAAGCAGCCAGCAUCGAAGCGAGAUCCGCCUGCCUGGGUAUAUUAAGACUCUCGACGUGCAAAAAAGCGAAGAUCUGGAGUUUCUACAAAGGCGGGGUGUCUUUGAUCUCCUUCCACUAGAACUUGCGCAGAUAGCCUUGUCUCGGUAUGAAGAACUCGUUUACCCAGUGCUACCUAUUCUCGACGUUGCGGAACUGCGCAGUGCGAUAUCUGGUGAGUCGGGGAAUGAGAUAUCGCUUCUUCUAUAUCACGCUGUCAUGGUUAUGGCGUUGAGCUGUACAGGGAGUGAGACUGUUCUCCAGCUCGCGCACAUGGCAAAAAGGGAUCUGAGAAGCGCGUCCUAUGAAAAGGCCAAGGCACUGUUUGAUAUGGGAGCGGAGCAAGACCGCGUGGUCCUUUGCCAGGCUUGUUUGUUACUGGCAGACCGCGACUUCUAUACCGAUGCAAGAGACGGGUCGUACUGGGUUGGUAAUGCAAUCUUGCAUGCCAACUACUUAGGUCUUUAUAGAGAAGUAGGGACUGCUCCUGGGAGUUGGAAUACCACAAAGAUUUUAUGGUGGUGCGUUGUCAUGAAGGAAUGCGAUAUCUCUACCUAUGAGAACUAUCCACCUCGCGUUUCGCCCUUUGUGUCGCCAAUGCUAGCCUUGAGUGAUUUCGGUUUCGAGGACAUAAGCAUGGAUGGCGGCAAAACCGCCUCUAUCUACAUCAUCAGAGCAAAGCGUUGCUGCCAAUUAUACCUGGUUAAGCGCCAGAUUUACGACGAGAUCCAGCCGUGGGAUGGACAGAAGAGCAACAGUACACUGCGAGCUCCACGACAACAGCUGCUUUCCCAGCUUCACUCUUGGGAAUCCGACACGCCCAGCGAGCUGCGGAGUGAAACCCUGCAACAUGAAUUCGAUUCCAGGCUCGUAGGUUUGACCUGCGCCUCGGCAAUGGCAGAAAUCAUCUACUGGUCCGCGUAUUUCUUUAUAUACAUGCCGGACCUCAGGUUCCGUGUACAACCCAGUAGGCGGAUUGAAACCGUGGUUGACCCUGAAGGCCGGCCGAUCAUACGCCAUGCAGCCAGCCAAGUAGCUACAGUAGUGGAGAGACUUCUGGCUCUGAACAUGGGCCAAUCACUCACAGCACCACAUGCAUGGAAUAUUGCAGCGGCUUCGUUUGUCCUUCUCCAGGACACACAAGCUCUUGAUCCAGUAAUCAGAGAGAACGCCCUCCACAACCUCGAGGUCUGUCAUCGGGCUGCCCAUACCCUAUCAGAGGCACAUCCCAUACUCAGCCAGCUCACCCUGGGGUUUCAGCCAGCAGAGUGGCAGCCGUAUGAAUCCCAGCCCAGAACAGAGAGCAGCUCUUCUAGUAAUGCUCCAACGGGUGUUGACAAUGAGCGCGGGCCUGGAUGGAACCCGCAAGAAGAGUCUACCGAGCAGACUUAUGCCACGAAUAGUCGCCUGGAUAGCAGAUAUACUAAACCGACCGGGUGUCAAGUCGGUGAUGUUCUUGGUUGGGCUUCGCUGGGAUAA